AUGCUGCUGGAGAAGCCCGAGGACGUCAAGCACGAGAACUCAUCGGGCACCGUCUGCGCCAUCUACGGCGUGGACGCGCACCCGACGCUGCAGCUGUUUGCGACCGCGGGCGGGGACAACAGCGUCAAGAUCUGGUCGCUGCAGCCGCCGGACGAGGGCGGCAUCGCCACGUUCGAGCUGCUGGCCACGCUGGCCAACCACCAGCAGGCCGUCAACUGCGUGCGCUGGGCGGGCCACGGCCGCUACUUGGCCUCGGGCUCGGACGACCAGCUGGUGCUGCUUUACGAGCUGCAGGCGGGCGCCCCGGCGCCAGUCCCCUUCGGCUCCAACGCGAGACCCAACAAGCAGAACUGGGUGCGCUGCUCCACGCUCGAGAGACACACGAUGGAUGUGGCGGACGUGGCGUGGUCGCCCGACGACCGCAUGCUGGCGACCUGCAGCAUCGACAACACCAUUUUGAUCUGGGACGUGGGCGUCGGCGCCGUGAGCGAGGUCAUGACGCAGCCGCUGCAGACGCUCACGGGGCACAACGGAUGGGUCAAGGGCGUCGCGUGGGAUCCCGUCGGCAAAUAUCUGUCGAGCGCUGGAGAGGACAAGACGGUGCGGAUGUGGAAGGUGGCCGACUGGCAGGAGUCGGACGUCGUGACCGAGCCAUUUGAGGGCUGUGCUUCUACGUCGCACUUCCGCCGACUUGCGUGGUCGCCGGAUGGCUCUGUCCUUUGUGCCACGCACGCCUUCAGCUCCAAGAAAAACAUUGCGGCACUUUUGAACCGUGGGUCGUGGACAAAUGACUUGAAGUUUGUGGGCCACCAGGGCGUUGUCACAAGUGCACGAUUCAACCCAAAGCUUCUCGUGACCAAGGUAGACCCAGACAAGGAAUUUGCUUGCUGUGCCGUGGGCGGCGAAGAUGCGACCGUAAGCAUCUGGCUGGCGCAUCUGGCACGCCCCUUAGCAGUCAUCAAGGACUGCUUCGACUCGUCCGUCACGGACCUAACGUGGUCCAGUUCUCAGUCGCUCCUGCUUGCUUGUUCCCUUGAUGGUUCCAUUUGCUGCUUUCAAUUCGGAGGGGACGAAAUCGGCACCCCCAUCUCGGAUGCGCAGCAGAGCAAGCUGCUGCAAGCAAAGCUUGAAGAAAAAUCAACGACUUCACCCCGUUUGGCGGUCAACCGAAACUCAAGCACUGCUGUUGCGCCAACAGUGACCCAUACAACGAAUACCCUUAUUCCAAAGAAGAAGAAAAAGCUGGACACCCAGACAUCAGGUAACCCACAGAGUAGGCCGCCGACUGGAGCUAGCAAGAGCGACAAAAAGCGGAUCGCCCCAGUGUUACUUCAAGGAGAGGUACAGCCUUCGCCGAACAACAAUCCAGCGUCAUCGCAGAACAAUAUUCGCAAUAUCCUCGGCCCUACGAUCGUGUCUCCGAAAGCGUCGGAUGUUACGCUGUUGGACUCUCGGAUGGCGUCAACGAACGGAAAAGACGUUGGUAUCGUGCCGGAGACUAACAAUUCGGCUACGCUCAAAUCGAGCUCUGCUGGGACCACUACCAAGGAGAAGGCUGCGUCGGCAGCGCCCAACGAUGCACCAGCGAAGUCGUCCAAGGCUGAGACGAAAAAGAACGGGGUCGACGGCCAUUCUCUUAAACGGAAGAGAGAGAACGAGCGACCCCAAAGUCAAGCUACCUCUGUGGUAGCAAAGUCGAGGGAGGUGGUUGUGCGAGCGCCUAAACUGCUGAACGAAAGUAGCGCUGGUGUGGCCAAUGGGGAGCUAGGCCCAGUUUAUUCGACGAUUCAAUGCUCGGAGGGGAGCGAAGUCAAGUGGAUUGAUCGCAUCCCUGGCCGGGCCGUGUGUGCUGUGGGCAAUGGAAGUUAUUAUGCAGUUGGCGUUCAUGAUGGCGACCUUCUUGUCCUCAAUAGCAGUGGCCGGCGACUGUUUCCGUGCAUUGCUUUGGGCAGUUCUAUCUCAAUAAUGGAGUGCAGCGUGGGCGAGUCACCCUAUCUGCUGGUGAUCCUGGCUUCGGGCGACUUGAAAAUCUGGGAUUUAGCAGAGCGCAAGCUUGUGCUUGCUAGCUCCAUCGAGGCGAUUACGAACAUCGGACCGCUGCGGCGUCUCCAAAAUGCCUCUGGCUAUGGCCGAACGCAAAGAGGAAUCGCCUCGGCCAUGCUUUCCGGAAUGUCGGACCCCUUGAUGCAGCGCAACGUGACACGCUCGCAUCUCGAGCAUCAGGUCGCCGCGGCGAUCAUCCUGAAAAGCUCGGCUGAAUAUCGCUACUGGAUUCAGGCGUAUGCGAGGUUCUUGACGCACGACGAGGACGUGACUCGGCUUGAUGACCUGUGUGCCGAAAUGAUGGGUCCUUUCCACGCGUACGUACUUGUGAUGCAUUAUGCCCUGCAUAGGGAGUUGUUUCGUGCGAAGCUAAAGCGUAAUCUUUCCUGCUUCCCGUUGUGUAGACCGUCAACCCGCGACGGCACCGCCGCAAAACAAGAGGAAGGCAGCGCGUGGGAUCCAAUGGUUCUGGACCUCGUGAAACGGGACGUGUUGAAGUCGCACAUCCUGCCGACGAUCGCAGCGAAUCGCGCGUUGCAGCGCGUCGUGACCAAGUACCAGCUCAUGCUGAGCGAGAUCGAGGCCCGCGAGAAGGACGACGACGAAGAAGACGAAGACGACGAAGACGAGUCGUAG